CUGCAACCUGCAGUCUGCCAGCUUGUCUCACCCGUCCGUUCCCGUCGUGUGCAUCAACCAAAACCACCAUCCACAAUCCACACAAACCACAACCGUCGUCGACUCAUGUCGUCAAUUCAAUUGAAUUUGGCCACACACCAACAACCCUGAUCUGGUGUUCGCAUCCGAUGCCAUGAGGCAUUCCCAUUUUCUGCAUAAACAAUAGCAGUAACAAAUCACACACUCCUUUUUUCCCCCUCUCUUCUUUCCAUUCUGACCUCUCCUUGACGCCCUUUUUUUUUUUAACCGCACACCAGAUCCUACGCUGCUUUCCUUGCGUCCACCCCUGAAUCGUCUCCGUUUGUUCCACUCUGGAAUUUUUGGUCGAAACGAGAACGACAAGACGAGGUAUCAUCCCCCAACAAAAACACAGCUUGCAGCCAAAAAAAAAAAAAAAAAAAAAGACAGCCCAGCCCGUGCAGAGGCUUGAGCCACGCCGACAUCACAUCACGAUGCCUCCGCAGACCCAAACACGCGUCAGAUCGCGCUCGUCGGUCGAGCACAUCUUCGACCUGGUCGAGGGCCUCGACGAGGACCAGCUGCACAACCUGCUGGACGAGCUCAACAGCACCGCCGACACCAACGUGCCCGUGUCCAAGGGCGUCGAGUACUUCGAGGAGCAGCGGAGGGCCCGCGCACAGCAGAAGGUCCUGCGAGCCACCCCGUCCUUCCUCAACUCCCCCCACGAGCCCGUCGACUGGCCACGCCAGAAGCCCAGGCCCGUGAGCGGCUCGCAAUGGCGCCAGAGCAUGCGCGUCGUGUCCACGCCCUAUGGCAACCUGUCCAGGCACCAGACCGAGCCCAUCAGCCCACCCCUUACCGCCAGCCCGCCCUCGAGCCCGCCCCUCAGCCCGCCCGGCAGCCACGAGAGCCCCCUCAGCCCCAGGCGCACCGUCACAACCCCGAUACUGCCCAUGGAGAAGUCCGCACGCCAACAGCCUGACGACAUCAUCCACUCCAUACCCCUGGGGAAGAGGCCCGACAGCCCGCCGCGCCACCUCGACGAUGAUGACGACAGCAGCCCGGAGCGCGAGUCCCGGCCCUCACUCCAAGAGUUCGGCGGCUUCAGCUUCGGCCUGGACGGCGCCGCGCCCGAGACACCGAAGCAGCCCGCCACCAGGGAAGCCCCCCGCCCAGUCAGCCCGCUCUCCUCGUCCACACAGCAAGACGCACCCGCACCCGCACCGGCACCGCAGCGCGCCGACUUCAGCCGCAUCAGCACCAUGCCCCUCCCGAGCCUCGCAACAGCCACCACAGACCUCUCUGUGCACGACCUCCCCAGGCCGCGGACGUCAACAGGUAACGCCGGCGCCGACGCCUUCUUCAAGCCCCGCGCCUUCCGCCGCAUCAGCAGGCCGCAGUUCCUCACCCCCGCCAACAUCCCCACCCCCGACGCCCUCGCCGAGCGCCUCUCGCAGUACCUGUUCGACGGCCCCUCGUCGCCUCCGCCCCCCGCGGGCUUCUCCACCAGGCAGGCACCCCGGAAACCUGCCGCCGAGCUGUCCAUGGAGGCCAUGCUCAAGGAGCCGUCCGCCCCGCCCAGCAGGACGCUCAUCCUCGGCGGCCGGGAGAAGGAGGUGCCGAGCCUGGGCAUCUUUGAGGUCCUGACCGAGGGCUAAGAGACUAGACCCAGACUCAGGUUCCAGACCAGGCGCCCGCGCCGUUGUUCCGUGGUUGCACCGGUCAGUGGAACCAUGAAGCUUUCGGGUGCGCGUUCCGGGGGAUGAGAGCCUUGGGAGGGUCUGUGUGGGGACCGUAGGAGAAAGGGACGGGACGGCUGUUUGGGCCGCCGAGGUCGACAACGACGGCAGGACAAAACAAAAACCCUCAGGAUGAACCCACGGAACCGACUUUUCUUUCGAUCAGUAUUGCGUUUUAAUCUGCAUGCAUUGCAUGGCGUUGGUGUUUUUUCUUUGUCGUGCUUCUCUUUUUUGAUAUAUAAACAUGGAGCAGGCUUCAUCGCCUAUUUUCUACCCUCCUUGUAUGUUUUGUUUUGUUUAUACGCGCGCGCGUGUCUGUACGUGUGUGUGCUGUGUGCUCUCGGCUACACGUGUGGCUGCGAGGAAGGUGGUGAAGGUAAGAGAAGGAAAGAAAGAACACCUGCUUUUCACUUCGUUUCGUUUUCGUGGGUUUUGGGGUAGUCUGUGUGUGUGGUCCGUCCGUCGUACAAAUAGUCCGUAUAUAUAUGUCAGGCUUUGGGCGCAGGGCUGUGUGUCUGCUCCAGUGUGAGUGCAGACUUGGAGGGGACUUUCUUCUUGGUCCGGCCCGUCCAUGAAUAUUGGAUAACGUUUUGGAGAAA